AUGGCACCGACACGGUCAUCACGGCUCUGCCAGGCAGCUGUUGCGUUCCUGGCCUUGGCACGAUUGGGGGUUGUUGCGCACGAGUCGAUUUCCAACCAGGUCAGCCUAGGCAUCUGUCGCAAAGCAACACCAGGACUGGAGUUUGCGGUGUGCGCGCAGAGCGGCGGGCGCAUAGCGCCGAUAACAAAAGAGGACAGCAGCAGCAGCGCCAGCAACGGCAUUUGGUCACGGACGACGCCCUGCUAUAAGAACAGCACCGACGGCACCGAGUACUGCGUCUAUACGAGCGAGUCAUUCGCCGAGGGCCACGGCAUUACGGUCAUGACGUCGCCCGCAAAAGCUGUGCACUUUGCACAGCUACCGGCCUUUGCCGACCCAGAGACCGUCCGCGGCAUCAACCGCGACAUUGUGUACGAGAGCGAGCACGGCCACCGCAGCGACCAGCCGCCACUGAGCUACCGCGUGGAGGCAAUGCCGGGCAAGGGGUUCGGCGUGGUGGCGACCAAGUACCUGAGCCGGGGCGACCUGAUUAUGAGCACGACGGCGUCGGUGGUGAUUGACUAUGCCUUGUUUGAGUCGAUCCCUGACGAAGAUGUGGUGCGGAUGCAGACGGUGGCCGUGGACAGUCUGCCGCCGCGGCACCACGCGCGGUUCAUGAACCUGUCGACGCACGACGCGACCGAGGGCCACGAGCAGAUUGUGAACAAGAUCCUGGCCACAAACGCCUUUGACAUUGAGACGGACGACGACGAUGAGCGCGGCUACUUUGUCGUGUUCCCAGAGAUCUCCCGCCUGAACCACGACUGCCGGCCCAACGCCGACUACCACUUUGACCACGACACGCUGACCCAGCACAUCCACGCCGUGCGGCCCAUUGCUGCGGGUGAAGAGAUUACCGUGUCGUACAUGGACCUGAUCAAGCCGAGAAAGGCGCGCAUGGACAAGCUCAAGCACACGUGGGGCUUCGCGUGCGGCUGCUCGCUGUGCACCCAGAACCGGCCGAUGACCAGGGCCUCGGACGCCCGCAUCGCGCAGAUCCUCGACCUGCGCGACGAGUUCCGCGACUACACCGUCACGUCGCGCGCCACGCCGCAGAUGGCCGAGCUGUUUAUCAGUCUGUUUGAGCAGGAGCGCCUGGACGCGAUGCUCUACGAGGCGUACUCGUACGCAGCCGUGGAGUACAACGGCGACGGCGAGCCGUGGCUGGCGACCAAGUACGCGCGCCUGGCGAUCGAGGCCGGCCUGAUGAGCGUCGGAACGCACGAUGCGGACGUGGUCGAGAUGCGGCAGCUGGCGGCGGACCCGUGGAAGCACUGGAGCUGGAUGCUGCGCAAGAGCCGGCGGCUGCAAUGGGGCCAGCAGGAGAAGGAGGCCAGGGAGAAGGACAAGCCCAAGACGGAGUAG